AUGGCGCUGGGUGAUCCUCAACGUGGAUGUGCUGAAUCUGCAAGCGAGGGUUCACAACAUCAGCCCCAAGACGCACUUGGUUUGCAGCAGGAUUUCCCGCCAAUAUCUUGCUCAAUUCUCUCGGAGAAGCAGCCAACAGAGACAGGUCACGAAGUACCGCAAUUCGUCCCCAUCACAACCACCGACGAGAAAAAUGGAAUUGCGGAAAAAGAUUAUCAACGCCAUGCAGAAAAUGGUCGUCAGAGCGCGGAAGACGCAUGCCAGCUCUCCUUCUCCCAGUACACCAGCGCUGACGGUGGCGCGCCGUUAAGUCCGCGAAUGUCCACGGAUCCUCAGGGGAAUACCUACCCCGAAGGCGGGAGAGAAGCCUAUGUGGUAGUAAUAGGCUCCUUUUUUGCCCUUUUCGGCUCCCUGGGCCUCUCCAACACGAUAGGAACAUUCCAGGCUUGGAUUUCCGUCCACCAACUCAAGGAUUACAGCCAAAGCUCCAUCAGUUGGAUAUUCGGAACCUAUACAUUUUUGAUGUUUUUCGGCGGUCUUCAGGUCGGCCCGGUCUUUGAUGCGAAAGGUCCCAAGUGGCUCGUCCUGGCCGGCACCAUUUUGACCGUCCUUAGCGUCGCCCUUCUCGGCUCAUGCGAACAGUACUGGCACUUCAUGCUUGUAUAUUCCAUCAUAGGAGGCAUAGGAAUCACGCUCGUUUUCACACCUGCAAUCGCCAGUCCCGGUCACUUCUUUUACCGCUUGCGAGGACGUGCCACUGGCCUUGCUGCCACCGGGGGAAGCAUUGGAGGAAUCGUCUUCCCGCUCAUGCUGGAUAGUUUAUACGCGAAAGUCGGAUUCGCAUGGGCUACCCGCGCUGUGGCAUUGGUCAGCCUUGUCACGAUGUCGGCUGGCUGCCUUCUGAUGAAAUCUCGGUUGCCAAAGAAACGUGCAACCAAGGAAAAUAUCCUCCCUGACCUGCGCAUCCUGAUGGAGCCUGUUUUCGCGUUCACCACGGCUGGGAUAUUCUUCAUUGAAUGGGGCCUCUUCAUUCCCAUCACAUUCAUGACCUCUUACGCCCUCCAUCAUAAUAUGCCACGCGGAUUAUCCUAUCAGCUGCUCGCAUUGCUCAACACCGGUUCCUUUUUCGGCCGCUGGAUCCCUGGAUUCACCGCAGACUAUAUGGGACGCUUCAACACCAUGAUUGCGACAGUCGUGUUGUGCCUCUUGUCCACCGCUUGCCUGUGGCUUCCCGCCGGAGACAGUAUAGCCAUGAUGGUUGCCUAUGCCCUCAUCUUCGGAUUCGCCAGUGGCAGUAACAUUAGUCUGACACCGGUCUGUGUCGGACAAGUCUGCAAAACAGAAAACUACGGUCGGUACUAUGCAACAGCAUACACUGUUGUUAGCUUUGGAACCCUGACUGGAACACCCAUUGCGGGGUCAAUCCUUACCCGUAACGGCGGUGAUUACUGGGGCCUCAUCACCUUUACAUCCUGCUGCUAUUUUGCUGGACUCAUCUGCUUCAUUAUUGCCAAAGUCCUCCGAGUCGGAUGGAAUCCACUAAUCAUCGAUUAG